AUGGCGACGAGCACGCUCGCAAAGAGAACCCGGUUUCCUCUAAUUCUCGACACAUCACGCCAAGGCUUUGAGCUAGAACAAACCUAUAGUUUAAGAUCGAUCCACUGCUUCCUGGUGAACGGCGAGGGCGACAAAACCACCGCUCCACGCGCAGCAGUGUCUGGUCGUCGUCGAAGUGAAUGGUCUCGACCUGGCAGCCGAACCUAUGCAACCGUGGUGGAUGAUGCCGCACAAGGCCAGCCUCCCAAGUCGCCAUACCCGUAUCCAACGCACCCUAGUCCAUCUGCUCACCAGAUAUUCCACCUCCCACCCGGUGCGACGCAGGCUCAGAUCAAGGCUCGCUAUUAUGAAUUGGUGCGAUGUCACCAUCCCGAUUCACAUCACUGUCGCGUUCUACCUCCUCAAGUUGCCCACGCGCGCUUUCAAUCGAUCGUUGCGGCAUACGACUACCUGCGAGGCAAGGCGUCAUCGCAUCUACCAGGUGCCAGAUCAUAUGGUUGGAAUGGGUCCCAAUCGAACUUUGAUCCAUACCUCCACGAACUUGCGCGUCGUCGGCGAGCGCAACAGGCUGCGCGAGAAGAGCAAAGCUGGUACACUGGGUUUGCCGCUCCGAAGGGUUGUCAGGCCGAAGACUACAAGGAAGAUGGGAUAAAGGAACGCACGAUUUUCGUGCUAGGUAUCAUCGCCCUUAUCAUCGGCGUCUAUCCGAGCUUUGUCCUGUACCCUUUCCAGCUGGACAAGAACCACAAAGCGGCAGUGGUGAAUCUGGCUCAAGCUAGGAGCGAAGCGAGAGAGUUUGGUAGCGAGCGGCGUGCUGAAAUUAGGAAACGUGUGCAAGCGAUGAACAAGUCGGCCCCUGAAGCACCCUCCGCGACUGGCGAAUCUCAAGGACCUGCCCCGUGA